AUGCAGACUGCUCCUACAAACAUUUUUGAAAGACUGUACAAUAAGUCCAUCCGUGAAAUUUCCUUGCUACUAAAUGUUCCAUGGUCAAAUGUUAGUGGUAUUAUAACAAAGUGGAAGCAACUGGAAACAUCAGCUACUCAGCAAUGAAAUGGUAGGCCACGUAAAAUGACAGAGUGGGGUCAGAGCAUGCUGAAGCGCACAGUGCACAGAAGUCGCAAACUGUCUGCAGAGUCAAUAGCUAAAGACGUCCAAACUGCAUGUGGCCUUCAGAUUAGCACAACAGUGCAUAGAGAGCAUCAUGGAAUGGGUUUCCAUGGCCAAGAAGCUGCAUACAAGCCUUACAUCACCGAGUGCAAUGAAAACUGUUGGAUGCAGCGGUGUAAAGCACGCUACCACUGAACUCUAG